AAAUUAGAUCUAGAUUCAAAUAUCAUUACUCUACGAUUAAAUCAACGACAAAUGUUAUCAAGUAGCAUUGCUCUUGCCCAUAUGUUCAUCGUCGGCCAGCCUCAAACCUUUGACUUGACAUUGUUAAUCACCGGUCCACCAACCUUCACAUCACUAGCCAUCACCGGCGACGACAUGGCAGGAACUUCCCCACGUACCAAAGCAGAACUAGGGUGCACAUCAGUCCAAGAACUGGUCAUCACCGGCGAUGACCACCGGAACGGUACAUCUAUAAAGACAGCGACUAUGGAGUCAUGGAUGCCUCCCUUCCACUGA